ACCCUCUAUAUUUUCCUUCUAUUGAAUGUGUUUUUCACUUUCAUGUUUCCCACUUUGCGUGGAUUCUAUUCGUUACUAAUUUGGCUUGGAUUUUUUCGUUGUUGAACAGCUCAGGUAUUUUAAGUUUAUAUAUAAUCAUGUUGUGUUUGAGCUUGGUUUUACUAAUUAGACGUUUCCUGUAAGUUCAUAGCUCAGGUUUACAUUACACGUUUCCUGUAAAAGCACAAGGAAUAUACGAAGAAGAUGAACAGCAAGAAAGGGUUGUGCGGCGGCGUAAGUGAGAAGCUAGGGGAAAAAGAAGAUGGGUUGGAGAAGAAAACAUAUUAAAAAAAGGCAACCUCCACCAACAUUUUUUCAUGCAAAAAUGGGAUUGAUGAGGGAUGCCGGCGUUGUUUACAAGCCCGUUGAGGAGAUUGAUCUUGGUCCUUGCAGCAAUGAGUUGUAUUUUAAAGCUGAUAAAGCUCUCGUAUGGCUGGAUUUCUGCUGAAAAUCUUUGCCUGGUUCUUGGAGUCAAGGAUCAUUGGAGCAUUGUUGUUGUACAUAGUGAAGAAGAACAAUCAAGUUCACAAGCUUGUUACAAAUGCAACGCUGGUGGAACCUCCUAUGUUCGUUCCCUCACUUCCUAACACAGAGCUUAACCAACAAGAAGUCAAACAAAUUGAUUUUGAUGCAUCUCCACUGGAACGAGUUCAAGAGGCAAUAAAAUGCAUUCCUGUAACCUCGGAGAAGUCACUGGGUGAUCUAAAACUCAGCUGUUUCCGACGAUGGACUAUAGCAGAUUAUUCAAGAGCCUAUAGCGCUGGAGCUAUAACUCCACUGAGAGUUGCAAAGCAUUUUAUAGAUGCUGUGCGUGAAUCUUGCAGUCCUCCUUUUCCAAUGUUCUUCUUCAUUAACUAUGAUGCUAAAGAUAUCCUAAGGCAAGCUAGAGAGUCAACGCUUCGGUAUGAAAGAGGCAACUUUUUUACUAUAAUUAAUCAUUAG